CACGAGCUGCAGCCUGCCGCCGCUCAGACUCCGAGCAGGAACUCCCGGGUACUUUCUAUCCACCCACUGAGCACGAUGCCAUUCAUGUCAAGGUGCGAGCGCAGACGCUGCCUGCUCCCAGCUAUGUGGCGAGCAUGCUGCCUUUUCUGCGCAUGGUCCCUGCUGCUCCUCACGCAAGUCUGUGCGCAAUCUGAGCGGAGGCCAAUCUUCACGUGUGGUGGAAACAUUACUGGGGAGUCUGGAGUGAUUGGGAGCCAAGGGUACCCAGGAGUUUACCCUCCAAACACCAAAUGUGUUUGGAGGAUCACAGUCCCAGAAGGAAAGGUGGUAGUAUUAUCGUUCCGCACCAUCGAUCUGGAGAAUGACAACCUCUGUCGCUAUGACUACGUGGAUGUUUACAGCGGCCACAUUAGUGCCCAGAGACUCGGCCGCUUCUGUGGGACCUUCAAGCCGGGAUCACUCGUCUCUACGGGUAACAAGAUGCUGCUGCAGAUGGUAUCUGAUGCCAACACGGCCGGGAGUGGCUUCCUCGCCGUUUUCUCUGCCGCUCACCCUCAUGAGAGAGGGGAUCAGUACUGCGGAGGCCGACUCGUCAAACCCAACGGGACUUUUAAAACUCCAAACUGGCCUGAGAAGGACUAUCCCGCUGGGGUCACCUGUUCCUGGCAUAUAGUGGCGCCUAAAAACCAAAUCAUUGAGGUUAAGUUUGAGAAAUUUGACGUGGAGCGAGAUAACUACUGUCGCUAUGACCAUGUCUCCAUCUUCAACGGGGCGGAAAUAAACGACGCAAGGAGGAUCGGCAAAUACUGCGGAGACAGCCCCCCAGCACCUGUGUUUUCAGAAGGAAACCAGGUCCUGAUCCAGUUCCUGUCCGACCUCAGCCUGACUGCCGACGGUUUCAUCGGUCACUACAAGUUCAGACCAAAGAAAUUUUCAAUCACCACCGCACCUCCUCCCACCACCACACACCCAGUCACCACCAGACCAAUACCUCUGAAGUACUCUGUUGCGCUGUGUCAGCAGAAAUGUAAACGAAGAGGAACACUCCACAGCAAUUACUGCUCCAGCAACUUUGUCAUAACUGGGACGGUCAUUACUGCCAUGAUGAAGGGAGGGAGCAUGUAUGCCACUGUCUCCAUCAUCAACGUGUACAAAGAGGGCAACCUUGCGAUCCAGCAAGCAGGGAAGACCAUGAGCACCAAGAUCAUCAUCCUGUGCAAAAAGUGUCCAUUUAUAAGGAGAGGCUUAAACUACAUCUUCAUGGGCCAGGUUGACGAGGAGGGCCGCGGGAAAAUUGCCCCCCAGCACUUUGUUAUGGCUUUCAAGACAAAGAACCAGAAAGGACUCAAUGUCCUGAAAAACAAGCAGUGCUGAGCUCCUGUAGCUGUGAGGAUCCCCUCCGAGGUGGUCUGCCCGGAGCGCAGCUGGAAAUGGAAACAAUCCGGCGGAAAACAAAUCCCCGUCUCAGCAGCACAAACACAAGCCAGGAUAAACAAAACCAAGUCUGUGUGUGGAGCUGCUACAGACACGCACCAUUUCUUCUCUUUAAAAGAGUUUUUGUUUUCAAUUUACUAAUAAUCUGGGACUAUUCAGAUGAAAUGUUUGUUUAAAAAUCCAUUUUUUUCUACAUUUUUCACAGUGUAAGCAGAAGGAAAAACAACUCAAUAUUAUGAUUUUACUUUUUUUUAAUUGUUUUAAUUUAAAGAGUAAUGCUAAGCAUGAUGUCUGUCCCCAGAUUAACACAUCAGAUUAAAAUCCAUUUGAGAUUAUUGCAGUUGUUGAAUGGAGUAAAACCUGCUGUUGAAAUCCAGUGUUCAUUUUUCAAUGGGCCGGGUUGGAAGUCUAAAAUGUGGUGAUUACAGUGCAAUAUUUCCUGUUUUUCUUUAAAUCAUUUCUCAGAUUUUAUGUAAACAUUUAUUUCUUCAAUGGUUGCAAAAAUGAACAACACACUUGUUUUAAAGGAAAAACAUAUUUUCAUAUAAAAAAGGUUAUAUAUAUUAUUUAUAUUUGUUUUUCUUGGACAGAAUUAAAUUCUUUGAACAUUU